GCUUACCCCCGGGCCCUGGGUGAGCCGGGGUGGCCGCCUACCCGUGCUGGCGGGUCAGCGCGCUGGGCCUGGUUUCAGCCGCCUCCCCCGCAUCAGUUAGUCUCAACCCGGGUGUGAUUUUCACUGCUAGAGGCUGACUUUUUCUCCCUUAUCUCUCUCCACCAAGAAUGAAACAUGACUGAAGACUCUCAGAGGAACUUUCGUUCAGUAUAUUAUGAGAAAGUGGGAUUUCGUGGAGUUGAAGAAAAAAAAUCAUUAGAAAUUCUUCUAAAAGAUGAUCGUCUGGAUAUUGAGAAACUCUGUACUUUUAGUCAGAGGUUCCCUCUCCCAUCCAUGUACCGUGCAUUGGUAUGGAAGGUGCUUCUAGGAAUACUACCUCCACACCAUGAAUCCCAUGCUCAGGUGAUGACAUAUCGCAAGGAACAGUACUCUGAUGUCCUUCAUGCUCUGAAAGUUGUUCGGUUCAUCAGUGAAACUACUCCUCAGGUUGAAAUCUAUCUCCGUAUGUAUCAACUGGAAUCUGGGAAGUUGCCUCGAAGUCCCUCCUUUCCACUGGAGUCAGAAGAUGAAAUAUUUCUUGCCAUUGCUAAAUCCAUGGAAGAGAUGGUGGAAGAUAGUGUUGACUGUUACUGGAUCAUCCGAUGUUUUGUGAACCAGUUAAAAAAUAAGCACCAGGAUGCUUUACCCCAACUGCCAAAGGCGUUUGAACAUUACUUGAAUCUGGAAGAUAGCAGACUGCUAAGUCAUCUGAAGACGUGUUCUGCGGUGUCAAAACUUCCUUAUGAUCUCUGGUUCAAGAGAUGCUUCGCGGGGUGCUUGCCAGAAUCCAGUCUACAGAGGAUUUGGGAUAAAGUUGUGAGUGGAUCCUGUAAGAUUCUAGUUUUCGUAGCUGUGGAAAUUUUACUAACUUUUAAAAUAAAAGUGAUGGCACUGAAUAGUGCAGAGAAGAUCACAAAAUUUCUGGAAAAUUUUGCCUUUCCUGUUUGAGGGGCUGAGUCGAUGAUCUGAGCAUCAAGAUUGUCUCUAUUCCCCAGGAUAGCUCGGAUGCGAUCGUGAGCAAGGCUAUCGACUUGUGGCAUAAACACUGUGGGACUCCAGUGCAUUCAGCCUGAACUCUCUGGAUGGUGGUGGGGCCAUCUGCCAGGCCCACCUUGAGCAUUUUGUUCAUGGGAUAUGAUCUACUAAUCUGAUUGGAAAUAGAGUUUUUUUGCUUUGGUGCUCAAAGUGUAUGUUGUUUUUCCCCAGUAAAAUUAUUUGACUAAGAUACCUUGUGUUGCUGUGUUGUGGAAGAACAUCUGAUUGCACAGAGGUACAGAGUUGAGCUCUGAUUAGCAUUUUAAAAAAGAGUUCAUGAAAUGUUACCAAUUUUUUUUUAAACACUGCAGUCAAGAUGGGUGGCUGCUUUAAUAAGCGGUGCAUAACCAAGCAUGCCCUGUUUCUUUCUAAUUAGUACCAAGAUGGUUCCUUUCUAAGGUCUAUUUCUAGAAUAAAGAACAACUUCCUUUUGUUGAUUACUCAGA